UUAAAGCGACGCUUAAAAGUGAGAGAAAAGCUUGCGCGAUCGGCGUCGGUUGGCGGUCAGAAAGGAAACACAGUUCGUCGUUUAUAGUCGGGAGUCUGGACUGAGGGCUCGGAUCCCGCGCCCUCGGCCGUAGCUAUCCUUGGACGAGGAGCAUGCCCUACUAUUUUUGAGGCAUGGAUCAGUGCGGACCAUCGCGGACGAACCGUGCGAAUGUCAUGGAAGGCGUCGGAUCGCGCGUGAUCAGGGGUCCCGACUGGAAAUGGGGCAAACAGGACGGCGGAGACGGACAUCUGGGCACCGUGCGAAAUUUCGAGUCGUCGGAAGAAGUUGUCGUCGUCUGGGAUAACGGCACGGCGGCCAACUACCGCUGUUCCGGAACGUACGAUCUCCGCAUCGUUGACAGCGCACCCACAGGCAUCAAGCAUGAAGGAACCAUGUGUGACACGUGUCGGCAACAGCCCAUCUUUGGCAUCCGCUGGAAGUGCGCCGAGUGCUCCAACUAUGACCUCUGCUCCAUGUGCUACCACGGGGACAAGCACCAGCUUCGGCACCGCUUCUUCCGCAUCACUAACCCUGGCAGCGAACGGGCACUUAUGGAGCCUCGCCGUAAGAGCAAGAAGAUGGGAGUCCGCGGCAUGUUCCCCGGAGCGAGAGUCGUCCGAGGCGUCGACUGGCAGUGGGAGGAUCAGGACGGCGGCAAUGGGCGCCGGGGGAAGGUCACCGAGAUCCAGGACUGGAGUGCGGCCAGUCCCCGUAGCGCUGCCUACGUGGUGUGGGACAACGGGGCCAAGAACCUCUACCGCGUCGGCUUUGAAGGCAUGGCUGACCUCAAAGUUGUGAAUGACGCAAAGGGUGGCACAGUCUAUAGGGACCAUCUCCCCCUCUUAGGAGAACAAGGCCCCGGUCGUUCUGGAGGUGUGGGCUUCCAAGUGGGUGAUCAAGUGAACGUAGACCUGGAUCUAGAAAUUGUUCAGUCACUUCAGCAUGGCCAUGGCGGAUGGACAGAUGGAAUGUACGAGUGUCUAGGAACAACAGGCACGGUGAUUGGAGUUGAUGAAGACCACGACAUAGUGGUGUCCUAUCCAAGUGCAAACAGGUGGACGUUCAACCCAGCUGUGCUAACUCGUGUCAACACGGCACCGACUGCAUCGACAUCGUCGGCAAGCGGCAGCGGUGCAGGGGACUCGGCCUCAUCGCAGCAGUUUGCUGUCGGGGACCUGGUGCAGAUCUGCAGCGACCUUGAGCGUAUCAAGAUCCUCCAGCGGGGUCAUGGAGAGUGGGCGGAGGCAAUGGCUCCUACCCUGGGCAAGAUAGGCAGAGUCCAACAGAUUUACCAUGACAAUGACCUAAAGGUUGAGGUCUGCGGCACAUCUUGGACCUACAACCCUCUUGCUGUUACAAAGAUGGCAUCAGAUGGCGCUGUUGCCGGUGUGUCCAGUGGUGAACGCCUGAGUGCUUUGCUCAAGAAGCUGUUCGAGAACCAUGUCUCCGGAGAUGUGAAUGAGGAGCUGGUCAAGGCGGCGGCCAACGGCGACGCUCAGAAGUGCGAGGAAAUUCUGAAGCACCCUGAAGCCAACGUGAACGGGGUGUUUGCGAGUCACACCGCCCUCCAGGCUGCCAGCCAGAACGGUCACGUGGAGGUCGUCAAGAUCCUCCUGCGCCACAGUGCAGAUGUUGAGAUUGAGGACAAAGAUGGUGACCGAGCCGUGCACCACACUGCCUUUGGAGACGAGCCGAGUGUGAUGGAGCUUUUAGCUCGGGCCGGUGCUGACCUGAAUGCACGCAACAAGCGUCGCCAGACUCCCCUGCACAUUGCAGUGAACAAGGGCCACAUGGGCGUUGUCAAGACCUUGCUCGACCUGGGCUGCCACCCGAGUCUCCAGGACUGCGAGGGGGACACGCCACUCCACGACGCCAUCAGCAAGAAGCGGGACGACAUGCUUACCCUCCUCUUGGACCACAACGCGGACAUCACGCUCACCAACAACAAUGGCUUCAACGCCCUUCACCACGCGGCGCUCCGAGGCAACCCAAGGUCUGUGCAGCUUUUCUUCCGCCUGCCCUCGCUUCGCUUCUUUUACAGAUGACGCUCGACGAGGAAC